AUGUGGGCCAAACUAUUGUACAUGUUGGGCAGCAGCGAAAAUGAGCAGGCUGAUUCGCCGCACAACAACGGUACGGCUUUGAAAGAUACCAGUCUUGGCAAUUUGAUAGCUUUCGCGAAAUUUUCGAGUAUUAUCCCCAGUGAAUCUCUGCUGAAUGGAUUUCAAAAUGAAAUAACAAAUGAAGUAAAAUUUGCUGUACAGCUACACGAGUUGUCGAAAUCCAAUGUUGGUCUAAAUGGCUUGUUAUGCGCUCUUUUUCAAUCAUGGAUUGGAAAGCCGUUUGAUGGAGGUGUAGAUUCAGUAGAAUUUGCGAGCCUUAAAAAAGCGCUUGACUUAUUGAAGGACGAUGGAUGUUGGCGUGAAUUGGAGAAGCUGUAUGGCAAAGACAAAGCCUUUUCGCUUGUACUCGAUAUUUUAUUUGAAAUGUCAAAUGAUGAAUUCAUGUGGUAUCGAUUUUUACGCAACUUACAGUACGACACAUCCUUCAGCAUCCCUUUGAUUGAGUUGGUAGAAUUUCUUCGUACUACAUGGCGGCACAAAUUAUCAAGCACUAAGAUUUGA